AUGGAUCCGCUUCUCGAUGCUCUCAAUCAAACGCUUCCAAAGAACAUCUGCCCGCCGGACGCCAUUGUUGGAAUCAUGCGCGAGUGGAAAGGUAUGGGAGAGAAUGUGCUCAAGUCUUUAUUUGAUUACGUUUCGGAUAUCGAGUCUCGUGAGCAAAAACUCGGCGCUGUUAGAGACUCGCUCGAGCGACGGCUGGUCGAUUUGGAGGCGAGGGAGAGGGAGUUCGAGUUGUUUCGAGAAAGAGAAAAGCGGAAAUCGGAAGAGGAGAUGGAGUUGAGGGAGGAGAAAUUGGACGAGCAGCUGAAGUUGGUGCACGAACACAUCGAGAGCUUGGAGGCGGCACAGGCCGAAGUCCACGGCUUGCGGGCGAUGGAGCGUGAGAAGCUGAAGGAGAUUGAGAAGAGGGAGAUGGAGUUUAGUCUUUUCAGAGAUGAAAAACUGAGAGAGAUUGCUCUGAAAGAGGAGAUUUUGAGCAGGAAGAGGGUAGAAUUUGCUGAGGAUGUUCGAUUAGAGAAUGAGAAACUUAGUGAGCGGGCUGAGUUGGGCCGUAGCGUGAUCGAGAAGUUGGGAUCGGGUACUAGUAUGCUAGAAGGGAUGAAGGUGAGGCUAGAUGAGAAGUUCAGGGAGAUAAAGUCAUGGGAGGCUGUGGCCCACAAGUCGUUGAUUGUCAUUUUGAACGAAGCUGAUUCAAUUCGGGAGUCAAUGGAGAAACAGUUGACCGAGCGUGACGAGAUGGAACAAGAAUUUAAUAUGUUGCUCGAGGAUAAAUUGCAGAAGUCGGAGGCGAGAGAGCGGGAGCUCUGUAUUAUGAGGAAAAAAUUUCUCAUGGAAAUCAAGUCCAGGGAUGAGAAAUUGACGGAGAGGUGUAAGGAGAUUGAGUCUUGCGAGGUUAAUGCCCUCAAGAGUUUGAAUGAAAGUUUAAACGAAGCGAAUUUACUUGGAGAGGAAAUGGAGAAAAGGUUCUAUGAGUUUGAGGAAAUGGAAAGGGGAUUUAAUUCAAUCCAAGAUAAAAUGCAAGAGCUGGAGGCUAAAGAGAGACAACUUAGAAGUUUGAAGACACAGUUGCUUAAGGUGGUUAAGUGGAAGGAUGGAAAAUCCACUGUGGUGCAGAAUUCGGGCCAUGGAAAUUUGGUGAGUCUAGAGGAUGUGUUGUCUAAGAAGCUUAAGCAGAUUGAGUGCCUGGAAGUGUCCCUAAAUGCUGGUAAUGCACGAUUGCAAGAAAUUGAGAAUAGGGAGAGGGAAUUUCAACUAUAUGAACAGGGUAAAAUGAGAGAAUUGGCAUUGGCAGAGGAAAAGUUGAGAUUGGUUGGGAAGGAGUUUAUUCGGGAGGUCAUGUUAAGAGAGCAGAAAUUUGAUAUCCAAGACAAGAUGGUUCAUGGGCUUCUACAGAGGUUGGAGUUGGCUCAAAACCAUGUCAAUGAAUUGAAUAAAUUGGUCAGCAAACGGUUUAAGGAGAUUGGUUUUAAAGAGACUGAGCUUAAUUAUAAGAAGGAUUGGGUUGAGAAGAAAUUGGCUGAGUUGGAAGUCAGAGCGAAAGGAAUGAAGGAACAAGAGAAGAGAAUUGAGCUAUGUGAAAUGCCCAAGGAAAAAGGACUUGAAGGGAAGAAAAAAGAGGCUGAGUUGAAGAAAACAAGUUUGGAACCGGAGUGUUGCCCGAGAGGAAUAGAAUUGAAGGUAGAAGAAAAUGGUCUGCUCAACGAGCGUGAAUUAAAUCAGCCACAUGGUCCCUGCUCGAGAGGUCUACCAGACCCCUCGAAAUUUGAUGUGCAGAUGGAUGGGAAAACUUUAGAAAUGCUUCUAAACAACUCUGAAAAAGACUUGGAAUUGGUAGGAGCUGAAAUGUUUAAAGUUCUUUUUCUGUCUUCUGACCCGGCAAAGUUAGUUCUUGAUGCAAUGGAACGAUUUUAUGUACCAUGUUUGGGUAAGCGGGAUUUCAAGUCACAUAUGAGGAGAAAAUGUAUUCUUCUGCUCGACCAGUUAACCAAAAUGUCACCAAGUAUUCAGCAUAACAUUAGAGAAGCUGCAAGUAAACUUGCUAGUCGGUGGAAGUCACAAAUGAUUGUCGCUGAAAACUCAUUGGAGGUGCUGGGAUUCUUGCAAUUCGUGGCUGCUUACAAUCUAUCCUCCUGUUUUGACAAAGAUGAGCUUUUGAGUUUGUUGAGGAGGGUAGCCCUACAUAAACAGACACCUGAGUUGUUUCGCAUUCUUGGUCUAUCCAGGAGCAUUUUUGGUUUUAUCAAGAAUCUAAUAAAGAGGAAAAGGCAUCUUCUUGCAAGCACCUACAUCCAUGAAUGUGGGCUCGAGAAAACGUUUCCUCAGGCAGUUCUCCUAAAUGGAUAUGUACAACAUGUGAAAGCUAAACACCAAACUGAACAUACUUGUCCAAAUGCACAAGAAAAGGCUAUUUCCGGUGAGAUAGCUGAUCUGCAAGUGGCAAUCGAACAUAUUAUCAAGCAUGGUCUCGAAUCUGAAUACUCGCCUGCCUUUCUAACAAGUAGGAUAAAGCAGCUGGAGGGGAAUCGGUCGAGCAUGAGAAGCAGACUGGCACUAUCGACUGAUGCACAAAAACCGGAAAGAAGCAAAAGAUUUGGUCAAAGUCAAACUCCACACGUCUUUAAUGAAAGAAAUGCGCACGAUGAACAUAAUGUGGCUGUGGCUCGAAAUCCUUCAUGCCUCGCAGAAAACGGGUCUCUCCAUCUCAAGAGGCAUAUAAACGAUGUCCCGAAGUUCAACUCGCAUGCGGUUAGCAAGAAGCAAAAACUGAAUAGAGGGUUGGGCUCAGAAGGUGGGAGCCAUUUAAGUCAUCUUCCUGAGAAUCACAGGUGGAGACGUUAUUUUGACCCCUAG